UUCCUCGCAGUUGGACACUUGUCUUUGCACUAUUUUUUAAAAUGUUUAAUCCAGAAGAUCACGGACUGGAGGCAGACUUUCGUCUAACUAAUUUCUCCACACUACGAGGGUGAGGCUGUAAAGUCCCCGAAGAGAAACUUAACCAAUAUCUCAGGGGAACAGAAAUUGUUGGCAGCAAUGCUAAAAAGCACGAUGACGACUAUAUUGGAUCUGGAAUGGAUUGUGCGGUUAUACCACUUGGGCGCCAUAAAAACUAUUCACUUGUACAGACAGUAGAUUUCUUUUAUCCACUUGUUGAUGAUCCGGUCAGCAUGGGCAGAAUAGCUUUUGCCAAUGUUGUGAGUGAUGUCUAUGCAGUGGGCGUGACUGAGAUUGAUAAGGUGGAACUACUUAUAAGUGCUCCUUCGAAUCUCACGGAGAAGCAAAGAGAUAUCAUAGUGCCGCUUAUUAUGAAAGGCUUCCAGCGUGCGUCUAAAAACAGCGGCUGUUUUGGAAAUGUUACCAUCAAAAAUGUCAUAGUUAAUCCUUGGUGCAUUAUAGGAGGCAUUGCUACUUCAGUUUGUCGCAAGCAGGACAUCAUAUUACCAUCUAAUGCCCAAGUUGGAGAUGUUUUGGUGUUGACAAAGCCAUUGGGCACACAUCUAGCAACGAAUGCUUAUAUUUGGCUAAAUGAGAAAAAUGAUAAAUAUGAAAUGUUAUCAAAGGAGUUCAGCGAUGUUGAUAUCAAGGAAACGUUUGAAAUUGCCAUAAAAUCUAUGGCUUAUCUUAACAGAAACGCUGCACUUUUAAUGCACAAAUAUGAAGCACACGCUGCCACAGAUGUUACAGGUUUUGGUCUUUUGGGCCAUGCCAAGAAUCUCGCCGAGUUUCAGAAGCUGCAACUGCUAUUCAAAAUUAACAAGUUGCCCAUUAUAAAAAAUGUUCUUAAAUUUGGCCAAUUGCUCAAUCAGACCACAAAGCUGUUGGCAGGCAAGGCUGUGGAAACAUCAGGUGGACUCCUAAUUUGUCUUACACCCAAAGCUGCUGUUGAAUUUUGCAACGAUUUUGAAUUGGCUACGAAUGGAGAGCAAAAAGCAUUUAUUGUUGGAGAGGUUGUUGCAACAGAAAAAUCCGCAGCAGCUUUGGCAGAUAAUACUGAGCAGAUCGAGGUUACAUUAUAAAAAAUUGUCAUGGCUACAGUUGAAAUGUAUCAGUUUGUAUAUUCAACUUAUGACUAUUAUUUCAUAAAAGCAAAUAAGCUGGGAAAUAAUACGAAUUGUGUUGUAUAUCUAUAUAACAUAUUUGAUAAUCAUUUUGAUGUAUUUAAGCUGUAACAUACAUUAUUUUAUAUACAUAUAUUCUCAG